CGGUUUCAACAUGGCGCGCCCCAUAGUUGCCUGACAGUUAACGAAACGAAGCACAGGGGACGGUAACCAGUUGUGUUCUUUGUCGUUAUCGAAUGAUUUAUCCUACGGUAGGAUGAAAUUGUUGCUGGCGGUCCUGAGACAGACUCAUAGACCAGGGGCUCCAUUCCGCUGCUGUUCGACCCUUAGGAGCAGCGGCAGCCCGUCACCCUCCCAGGAUGAGGUGAUCGUGGGGUCCAGCCCAGAGCUGGUGGGAGCUUUGGGCUCUCAGGUGGAGGUGAGGCCGGGUUUCAUCACAGAAGAGGAGGAGGCAGCUCUGCUGCAGGAGCUGGAACCAGGUCUGAAGAAGAAACGCUACGAGUUUGACCACUGGGACGAUGCAAUUCAUGGGUACAGAGAGACGGAGCGUGUGAGGUGGGGGCCGGUGUGUGAGGGAAUCCUGAACCGUGUCCGAUCUUUAGCAUUCCCUCAGGGCAGUCCUCUUCUGGGCCCCGUGCACGUUCUAGAUUUGGACAAAGCUGGUUACAUCAAGCCCCACAUCGACAGCGUCAAGUUUUGUGGAAGCACCAUCGCCGGAUUGAGUCUUUUAUCCGACAGCAUCAUGCGUUUAGUAAAGGAUAACUCACCCGAUGAAUGGCUGGAUCUGCUGCUCACUCGUCGCUCCCUCUACAUCCUGAGGGACCAGGCUAGAUAUAACUUCUCACAUGAGAUCCUAAAAGAUGAAGAGUCAGUGUUCAACGGACAAAGGGUGCCUCGCCAGCGACGGAUCUCCGUCAUCUGUCGUAACCUUCCAGACUAAUACCUACUGCUUCUCAUUUUAAAUAACAUAUUUUUGACUGAUUCUAAAAGAUUGUAAAAACAAUAUAUUUUAUUGUGUUUCAAAACCUCCAAAAAUCAAAGUCAUUAUGAAACUGAAGGAAAGGUUUUGUAUUGUAUAUAAUUAUACCAUCUUUUUCUGUUUCUUUUUAUCCUUCUGUAUGAUAUACUCUUAGAAAUCCUGAAACUGCUUUUCACCUUAAGCUGAGGGAUUAAAGUAAAGCUUAAAAACAUGAAAACAAGACAUGGUGUAGAAUUUUCAUCUGAAACUUGACUAUUUUAAAUUAUUAAUAAAUA